GUACUGCGCAUGCGCGACUCAACGCGGUGUGCGCAAUGUUUUCAAAUGGACAAAGAUGUCUGGCGUAGCGAUGUCGAUGUCCAACAAUCGUCACCCAAACAUGAACAAUUCAUAUGAUAACUGCGGUUCAGAAGAGCGAAUGGACGUCGAAAUAGACGCUGGGACCGACCGAGGGAGCUUGGAGACGGGAACGCGAGCAACUUGUUCAUCAAAUGGCAGUGGCGGGGAAGAGGAUGAGGCGGAGGCCGCUGAUCGAGAACGAGAAGCCGCGGGCUCGUGUACUCCGCCCUCUGGGGAUGGAUUGUCGCACGACGGCGGCGGCAGAGAGCAGGAGGUGUCAGUAGAAAUCGGGGAGACUUAUUUGUGUCAGCGUGCGGACAAAACAUGGCAUUCAGCAGAGGUUAUUCAGUCUAGGCUGAAUGAGCAGGAAGGCAGAGAAGAGUUUUAUGUUCACUAUGUUGGAUUUAACAGACGUUUAGAUGAGUGGGUUGGAAAGGCUCGUUUGGCCCUGACAAAGACUGUGAAAGACGCAGUGAGAAAGAGUGUGGAGGAAGGUGGUGGUGGUGGAGGUGAACUUGUGGACCAGCCAGAGAGGAAGAUCACCCGAAACCAGAAGCGUAAACAUGACGAGAUCAACCAUGUGCAGAAGACUUAUGCAGAGAUGGACCCCACUACGGCAGCCCUGGAGAAAGAACAUGAGGCGAUCACAAAAGUAAAAUAUGUGGACAAGAUCCAGAUUGGGAACUUUGAGAUUGAUGCAUGGUACUUCUCUCCAUUCCCUGAGGACUAUGGAAAACAGCCCAAGCUUUGGAUCUGUGAAUACUGCCUGAAGUAUAUGAAGUAUGAGAAGACUUUCAGAUACCACCUGUCGCAGUGUCAGUGGCGUCAGCCUCCAGGCAAAGAGAUUUAUCGCAGAAACAAUAUCUCAGUGUACGAGGUUGAUGGGAAGGACCAUAAGAUCUAUUGUCAGAAUCUGUGUCUCCUGGCAAAGCUUUUUCUGGAUCAUAAAACACUUUACUUUGAUGUAGAGCCAUUCAUCUUCUACAUCCUCACUGAAGUCAACAAACAGGGAGCACAUAUUGUGGGCUACUUCUCUAAGGAGAAGGAGUCUCCAGAUGGGAACAAUGUCGCUUGUAUUCUCACUCUUCCUCCAUACCAGCGAAGAGGAUAUGGAAAAUUUCUAAUUGCAUUCAGUUAUGAGUUAUCUAAGCUGGAGAGUACGGUGGGGUCUCCAGAGAAGCCUCUGUCAGACUUGGGGAAGUUGAGUUACAGGAGUUACUGGUCUUGGGUACUACUAGAGAUUCUGCGAGACUUCAGAGGGACCCUGUCCAUCAAAGACCUCAGCCAGAUGACAAGCAUUACUCAGAGUGACAUCAUCAGCACACUACAGUCUCUGAACAUGGUCAAGUACUGGAAAGGUCAACAUGUCAUCUGUGUCACACCAAAACUUGUAGAGGAACAUCUCAAAAGUGCCCAGUACAAGAAACCACCAAUAACAGUGGACACGCAUUGUUUGAAAUGGGCACCUCCCAAACACAAGCAGGCCAAGUUCUCUAAAAAAUGAGGCCAAUCAUAAACAAAGAGAGUGAAACCAGCCCUUCACCCCAGAUGUUUUUCACAGCUAACCUAAAUGUCAUGUAGAAAUACUUUCUCCAAGAGGGAAAGGUCUAAGAUUGUACAUUUGCAUUGUAAUGAGUCUGUUAUUUUUUUUUUUAAAGAAAUGAAUAGUAAUAUUGAUGUCUCUGUUUGUGAGUCAUCUUUAUUUAAAGUCAACCUUUUAGUGCAUCAGUAUGGUACUUCAGUUCUGUGUUCUGUGAGGUAGUUUAAUAUUUAUACCAGACUCGCCUUCCAUGUUCACAUGGCUUUAGGAAGAAAAAACUUACACGUUAUGCUGAGUUAUUCAUUAAGCAGUAUAGAAUUACCUAUUGCACAUGCAGCACCUGU